AUGUCGGAACCCGAUGAACUGUACACCCUGAGAGCCCAAUACUGGCUGGGUCAUUACCAACUUGCACUAGAUGAAGCCAAGUCUGUCAUGAGGCGGCCAAUGAGCCCUGCUUUGAAGGCAGAAAGAGAGGAAUUCAGUCUACGUUGCCAGUUGGCUCUGGGACAAUAUGACAAAGUCAUUUCUGCAAGCCCCGAUUCACCAGGCAUCAAGGCCUUGCAGUUGAAGGCUCAAUAUGAAUCAGCCGCCGCUGAGGCGAAGCCAGCCAUUGUCCAGCAAAUGCAAACCAUGUUGGGAGACGGUGUUUCGCCCAGUGUUCAAUUGACUGCUGCUCACGUCUUUUUGAUGGAAGGAAUGAAGAAAGAAGCCUUGCAAUGUGUUCAUCAGGGAGCUCUCAUGGAACACGUUAGUGUCUCCAUUCAAAUUUACUUGCAAUUGGACCGAAUUGAUUUGGCACAACAACAAUUGGCACUCUUGAAGCGUGCUGAUGAAGAAGCAGUUUUGACUCAACUAGCGGGUGUUCAGAUUGCCUUGGCUACCGGAAGCUCAAUGGCGAAGGAUGCAAUCCACACUUUGAACCAAUUGUCGGAACAAUACGGACCUUCUGUCUUUUUGUUGAAUUUGAUGGCUUGUGCCUGUUUGCAAGCAGGAAACUUCUCACUAGCUGAAGAAAGACUGAUGCAAGCCAGACAAGAAUUCGCCGCAUCUGACGCAGAUACCUUGGCCAACUUGAUUGUGGCAUACCAAUACCAAUCGAAGCCUACAGCACCUCUGGUUGCCGAACUCAAAUCCAGCUACCCCGGCCAUUUCCUGGCCAGUGGUCUAGCGACUGUCGAGGGGGCAUUCGAGAGAGAAUCUAUCAAAUACAAGGCGUAA